GUCAUAGGCUGCUGCAGGCGAGCCCCCGCCGAAGGACACGAGCAAGUUUGCGCCAUGAACUUCCCCCCAAACGCACUCGAAGACCAUCAAACCGGACGAACUUUACUCUGCUCCACGUUAACAGACCCACCUUUGACACUCGAGGCAAUAUUUGACUGCGUCACUCGCUUCUGAAAGCAGAGUGGAUCGAUGACCGCACGCUGAAUGCGCAAGCACACACACACAAACAAUGGUCUCCAUCGCUAAGGUGGCUCUAGGGGUCCUCGGAUUGACUGCGGUGUGCGUCCUGAUAGCUGUGCCCACCGCGAUCUUCCUGAGCGAUAAGGAUGGCAGCGUCAGCGACAUCAGAACCUUCACCCUGGAAGACGUUUUCAACAGCUCCAUGAAGCCUCAGUCCUUUGGCAUGAGAUGGAUCUCAGAUCAUCAGUACCUGAGGAAGCAGAACGGGUCGGUCUACAUCAUGGAUGUCAUCUCUGGAGCGUCGACAGAAGUCCUGAGUCAAGACAUUAUUACUGAGAGGCAGGUGUACGACUACCAGCUGUCGGCGGACCAGAAGUACUUUGCUUUAAUAAGCAACUACACAAAGGUUUGGAGACAUUCGUUCACGGCCACUUAUGUCCUUUAUGACCGACAAUCAAAGAAGUACCUCCCCCUCGCUGACGACCCUCAUCAAGUCCAGUACUUCUCUUGGGCACCUACCGGGAACCAACUGGCCUUUGUGUGGAAGAACAAUGUGUAUGUAAAGAGCAGCCCGGAGUCGCCAGCGCAGCAGGUCACCUUCGACGGUCGAGAGAAUCAGAUCUUAAAUGGAAUCCCGGACUGGGUCUACGAGGAGGAGAUGUUCUCUUCCAGUCAGGGGUUCUGGUGGUCACCUGGAGGUAAAUAUGUGGCGUAUGCUCAAUUCAACGACACUGAAGUCCCCAACAUUGAGUAUUCGUGGUACGGAGAGGACCAGUACCCCACCACUGUCUCCAUCCCAUACCCCAAGGCUGGUGCCACAAAUCCUGUGGCAAAGCUGUUUGUUGUGAACGCUGAGAACACAACGGAAGUGACCGAGGUUCUUGUCCCGGAGAAAUUUAGAGAUGUUGAUCACUAUUUGGCCACUGUUACUUGGGCUGCUGAUGACCGCCUGGCUGUUCAGUGGCUGAAGAGGCUUCAAAACCAUCUCAUCCUGCAGAUCUACUCCCGAACUGAUUCUGGUUGGAACCCCGCCGAGAAACAGGAGAUCUCAAGCUCCACUGGUUGGAUUGGACGGUUCUCACCCCCGGAGCCGGUUUUUGCCCCCCACAACACCAGCUACUACUACCUGCUCAUGAGCGACAGCGAGGGCUUCUUCCACAUCCAUCGCGUGGUGGAGGGCGCCGCCACGCCGAUCACGUCUGGGAAAUGGGAAGUGAUUGCCAUCCAGAGUGUGACGGAAGAUAGUGUGUACUUUUCCAGUAAUGAAGCAGGAGGAAAGCCAGGAGGACGUAACGUUUACAAGUGGACCAAGCAGGGCGUCACAUGCCUGACUUGUGGAUCAGGUGGGGAAGACUGUCAGUAUAAUUCGGCUUAUUUCAGCCACAGCGCCUCCUUCUACCGCAUGAGCUGCAGCGGCCCUGGUGUUCCUUUCCACACGCUGGUGAAUAACAGCAAUGGAGAAGUGAUGCAGCAUGUGGAGAACAACUCUGAGUUUAAACUGGCCGUCACUGAUGUCCACAUGCCCACCAUGCGCCGUGGCACCAUUAAAGUAGCUGGAUAUGACCUUUGGUACCAGAUGUUUCUACCUCCUGGAUUUUCUGAGUCAAAGAAGUACCCGCUCCUGAUAGACGUGUAUGCCGGGCCCUGCAGCCAGAAGGUGGACUUCCAGUACCGGGUGAGCUGGUCCACGUACCUGGCCAGCACGGAGAAAGUCAUCGUGGCCAGCUUUGACGGCAGAGGGAGCGGUUACCAGGGCAACGAGAUAAUGCAUAAAAUCUACAAACGUCUGGGAACUUAUGAGGUGGAAGAUCAGAUAACGGCUGCCAAGGAGUUUAUCAAGAUGGGAUUUAUCGACUCAGACAGGGUGGCGAUCUGGGGAUGGUCUUAUGGCGGCUAUGUGACGUCCAUGGCGCUCGGCUCUGCGAGCAAAGUCUAUAAAUGUGGAAUGGCGGUCGCUCCGGUCUCCAAAUGGGACUAUUAUGAUUCCAUCUACACGGAGCGAUACAUGACGGAGCCCAAAGACAACCCGGGAUUCUACGCUAACACAACGGUCACUGCCCUGGCGAAGAACUUUCACUCGGUGCAGUAUCUUCUAGUUCACGGAACGGCUGACGAUAACGUGCAUUUCCAGCAGGCGGCUGAGAUCUCUGAGGCUCUGGUGGAAGAGCAGGUGGAUUUCGAAGCCAUGUGGUACACGGACAAGGACCAUGGACUCACCGGACGCGCCUAUCAGCACGUCUACACCCACAUGACUCACUUCCUGCAGAGAUGCUUCGCCUGAAGUCCAAUCAAUUACGGAAAAUUUUACUGCCUGACGUGACUGGUGGUUGUAAAUAGAAACUUAACCAGUAACUGUCGGUUUAUGGCCCGAAGCGAGUGGCAUCUUUGAAGGCCGUGUCAUUAAAGGGAGCUGCGAUUUGCUUUUCAACGGCGUGACGUUCCUCUUCGUUCAGGUCUUUCAUUUCAAGCAAUGUUGUGAAGCGGAUCAUGUUGUUUGUUACUUUGCAGGGAUGUUGAAUGUUUCUAUUACGCAGAAUGACUUAUGUUUGAAUUAAA